CGUUAUACCACAAGAUAGUUGACUCAUUCCUGAAUAAAUUUUUCCCUUCAGGAUAUCCGUACAGUGUGAAUGAAGGUUACCUCAGAUACACACAGUUUCGAGCACUGCAACACACUGCCAGUGCAGCUCUAUCUGUGUUAUCGACUCAGGUCUUCUUCUAAUAACUUGAGAACAUCAGCAAAUCAUGUAUCCGCUUUCCUAAUGACUCAUGCUAGACUCUUUUAAUUAAAACCUGUUCGUUUCGAAUAUUGUGUUGAAACCAGCUGGAUUUGGGUUUUUAUUUUUUUUAAGUAGAGGUCACUUCCUCAUUAUAAGCUUAUCCAAACAUAGUAGAUGUUGGCAUGUGAAGGAUAACUAUAGUUGGUGUAUUACUUUAUUAUCUCAUAUUAUCGUAACUGACAUUUGACUUCCACAUCUACACUCUUAGUAAGUGGGUUUGUGUCUUACUCAACCUUACAAAAUUAGCUCAUAAAAUGAAGAUUGCACUCCAAUUAUAUUUUAUAAUUUGACCUUACUUUUAGUAAAUGUGGGAUCUUCAAAACAUCUCAUUAGGCUAAUGAAUGAACAUCUCUAGUAUUAGAUUAGAUAUUUAUGGGUGGUCUUGAAAGCCCCAAAGAACUUGAUUAGGAUAGAUUCUUAAUGACUUUGAUACCAUCUUAAUGAGUGAGUUUAUGCCUAAUUUAAUCUCACCAAAUUGUUUGUAAUAUGAGGUUUGCACUCUACUUUAAUAUUAUAAUUUGGUCUUAUUUCUAGGUGAUGUAGGAUUUGAAAUGAGCUCUUUGCUAAACUGCAAGGUUAAAGCUAAGAGCAAAAGGAAAUGUUAGUCAAGGAAACUGGAAGAAUAGAGGAAUAGUUAGAGUCAUUUAUCAUGAAGAGUUACACAUUUCUUAAAAGAAAUAAAGCUAAAACUAGACAUUAUAAUGUAAGAGUACGCAAAAUUUUCUUUUGACAGAAAGAGUAUUUAUUACCAUAAGUUGAAAUAAGAGUUGAAAGAGAAGUUGAGGUGGCAUAACAAGACAACUAGAGAAGUGCUGAAGCGAAAGAGUCCAGCAAAGCUGAUGUGGCUAUGAAAUAUACUGCAAUGUGUAUAUAUGGAGCAUGUUCUUUUUAUUAAUCAACUAUUUUCUUACGGAAGGAUCCUUACUAAACAAUUAAGUUCUAAGUGAGUCUCAUUUAGCCCUUCUCCAACAAGAGUCUUAAUUGAGAAGAAGGAAUAUAGAAAAUUAGAGCACUUGUUAGGGAACUAAUUGUAUAUAGUAGAAGGAGAAACGUUACCCAGCCUAACUGCCAAGGCAGUUAGGUAAGUCAGUAUAAAAGGGGUGACUUGGUUGGUGAGAGGACAGUUUUGGAGUAUUAUUGUUUUGCGAGAACUCUUGUAGUUCUUUGGAGAGAGGUUAAGCUCUCGGGUUACGUUGUAACACCAUUCUUGUUGAUUCUUUUCAAUAAAAGGAGGCUGUAUAAUUCCGAGUACCUGUUCUGUGUUGUGUUUCUAGUGCUAUUCAUAGGUUCUUGAUUAAAAGAACCUAUCAUUUGGUCCGACCUGCCGGAUCGGAGUGGGGGUGAAGGAUCAAGAAGUAAUCGAGAAACUGCCGGAUUGAGACGCCACCGGAAUCGUGUGCGGGUGAAGGAAAUUGCGGUUGAUAGAAUGAAGGCGCAGAUAGGGGAGCUACGACCAGAUUAUGCAGCAAUACGCCAAAAUUAUGCUGCAAUACGCCAAAAUUAUGCUGCAAUACGCCAAGAUUUGCAAGAAAUAAUGAGGAUGAUGGGGGCGCGGGCUCACAACAACGACGAACAAUCAGGUGGAAGUCAGGCUUACGUCAAAGGGAACCAGCGACGGUGCGAGGAGGAUAUUGGAGGGAGAGUGGGUGGCGAUUACGGUGGGACCCAAACCCACAAUCACUGUGGCGAUCACCGGGAGGUGCAAAAUCAAUGGCGGAAAAGGGGUGAAUUAACCGCUUUCGAAGGGUUGGACCCGUUAAACUGGAUCAAUAGGGCGGAGAGGGUUUUCGAGCUUCAAGGAGUAGCGGAGGAGGAGAAAGUGCAGUUCGCGGACUUAAGCAUGGAGGGCAGCGCGGGCUACUGGUUCAGAGCCUGGAAGGAGAAAGCCAAGAACCGUUCCUGGGAUGGCUUGAAGGAGGCCCUGGUGAUAAGGUUUGGAACCAUUGUUGAGCGUUUGGCGGCAUCGAAACAGGUAGCGACAGGGGAAGAGUAUGUGCAGGGAGGCGAAAAGGUAAGAAAAGGGAGCGGAAUAGAAGACGAGUCAUCUGGGGGACGAACGCGAGAAGCGGUUACUGAGCGGUACGAGGCCAAGUACUGUAGACCAGACCGAGCGGGAUUAGCCGAACAGUCCGAGGCCGAUCGCUAUAACACAGACAGAUCAAGAGCUGCCGAGCAGUCAGACGAAAUAGAAGACCAGUCGACAUGGGGACGAACGAGCGGUCAGUGGACACAGUCCGAGGCCGAUCGCUAUAACUCAAGCCGAUCGAGAUUUGCCAAGCGGUCCGAGGACAUAGAAGACCAGUCGUCUUGGAGACGAACGAGUGGUAAGUGGACACAGUGCGAGGCCGAUCGCUAUAAGACAGGCCAAUCGAGGGUUGUCGAGUGGUCUGAGGUCAAGCGCAAUAUCCCAGGUGAGGUUGCCGAGCGGUCCGAGAUAGAAUUAGACCUGAAGCAGACGGAGUUGUCCACUCUCUCGGCUGGUGGACCUAUUCAGCCAAAAGCGAUGGAGCUGCAUGGUUCAAUAGAUAAAGAGCCGAACGGUAUAAAUAUAGUGGGAAGAGAGCCGAACGGUAUAAAGAUAGUGGGAAUUGAGCCGAACGGUAGAAGAGGACUGUUGGAUCCGAACGUGAGAAGACCGGAACCGAACGUGAGGGGACUAACAGAACCGAACGGGAGAGGACGUCGGGAAGCCAACGGGAGAGGAUUGCCAGAUCCGCACGGGAGAGGACUGACGGACCAGAAUGGAAGAGGACGGGAGGAACUGAACGGUCUUAUAGCUACAGUAAAAUGCCGAACGGUUUUACUCUCAAAACGGUCUCCUAGUCAUUGGCCGAACGGUCUUACAAUUAGAUUCAAAGGCCGAACGGUCUUACAGUCUAAACAACCUCUCAGUACUUGGUCGAACGGCCUUACCAUUAGAAUGAAGGAUGAGGAGGGAAAGAUGGAUGUUCCACAUCGGGAGGCGAUAACAGGGGAAGAAUGGUCAGAAACUUACCUUAUCCAGAGUUUCUGAAGAGGCGGGAAGAAGGAAGGUGUUUCCGAUGCGGUGGACCAUUCGCUCCGGGUCAUCGAUGUGCGGAGAAGAGCUUAAGGGUCCUGUUACUAGCGGAAGACGAGGAGGAGGAAUGGGAGGAAAACUUUAACCUGGAAGCAAAAACCCUGGAGCUGUCGGCAUGUUCGGCGGAGGGGCUGACGCCUUCCAAGACCCUGAAGUUGACCGGGUUGAUAGGGGAGAGAAGAGUGGUAGUCCUGAUCGAUAGUGGGGCCAGCCACAAUUUCAUUAGCCGGAAGGUGGUGGAGGAACUGAGGCUUCCGGUAACAGAAACGGCCACAUACGCGGUGAGUUUGGGUGACGGGUGUAAGAAGUGGACUCGGGGGCGAUGUGAAAAGGUGGGAUUGAAGCUGGGUAAUGUGAAGGUAGAGGAGGACAUGCAUGUGUUUGAUCUCGGUGGAGUGGAUUUAAUAUUGGGUAUUGCAUGGUUGGCAAAACUGGGUGAGGUGGUUAUUAACUGGAAAGAAAUGUCUAUGCUGUAUGUGGUGGAUGGAGAGAAGAAGAAAAUCUGUAGUGACCCAGCCUUGGCAGGACAGCUGGGUGACACAGACGCAUUUACAAAAAUAAUGGACGCUGAGUCAUGGUUUCAGUUUUGGGAAAUGUGCGUAGUGGAGCAAGGGACAGGCGGUGAUGUGUUGGGCCAAUUGACUGAAGCUCCCUGCACGGGUACAGCAGGUGGGGAAAGUAGCUUUUCGUUUACAAUUAACCGAGGCAGCAAGAAUACACCCAAUAUUUCACGUUCCCCAACUAAAGAAGGCUGUGGGUGAGAAGAGGGUUGAGAGGAACUUCCAGCUGAAUUACAAGCCUACCGACCCAUGUUUUGGCCGGUAAGGAUUUUUGACAGAAGGACAAGGCAGCUGGAGUAAGAAGAAAUACCUCAGGUGUUGUUAGAUUGGCAAGAAGGGGACAAGAGGGCGGCCACCGUGGGAAGACGGGGUGACUAAAAAAGAGCAGUUUCCGGUAUUCAACCUUGGGGACAAGGUUGUUGGGGGAAGGGGAGUAAUGUUAGGGAACUAAUUGUAUAUAGUAGAAGGAGAAACGUUACCCAGCCUAACUGCCAAGGCAGUUAGGAAAGUCAGUAUAAAAGGGGUGGCUUGGUUGGUGAGAGGACAGUUUUGGAGUAUUAUUGUUUUGCGAGAACUCUUGUAGUUCUUUGGAGAGAGGUUAAGCUCUCGGGUUACGUUGUAACACCAUUCUUGUUGAUUCUUUUUAAUAAAAGGAGGCUGUAUAAUUCCGAGUACCUGUUCUGUGUUGUGUUUCUAGUGCUAUUCAUAGGUUCUUGAUUAAAAGAACCUAUCAGCACUAAGCUUUCAUUAAUAUUUGAAGUUACCAUUUAGUUUCUUUUUAUACAAUAGUUUGUUAUAAGGAAGCACAAAGAGAGAUGGUGUGGGGAAGGUUAUUUUUUACACAAAAGAGAAAGGGGAGAGGCAAGUUUGCUGGAGGGAAUAAUCCUUCUUUAUCACACUGUGUUCUUAGUCUUUGUUCUGUAUCACUCUGAUUUCUAAUCAGAUAUGGAUUGACUAUUGAUAAAAAU